CAAUGACAGGUAACACAAUCCACGCCAGCCUGCACAAUACUCAUCUUCCGUAAAGGUUUUACUCCCCCCUUUACUACACUCACAUAUCGAGUCACAGGCAAUGUCUACACGAAUUACCUUUGACGAGAGCUACUGGGAAGAAUACCUGUCGGGGCAAGAGGCGUCCCUCCCAGCUCUCCCAGCACUCACUCAGCUCACACCCAGGGUGACUCGGCUCCUGGCCGGCAACCCAGGGGUCAUGCAAUUGCAGGGCACGAACACAUACCUGGUCGGCACGGGUGCCUCGCGGAUUCUGAUCGACACUGGGGAAGGCCGGCCGAUCUGGCACACCAUGCUGGUAGAGUAUCUUCGAGAACACUGCCUAACACUGGAGUAUGUGUUGGUAACGCACUGGCACGGUGAUCAUGUGGGCGGAAUUGCCGAUCUGAUCAAACACAAUCCGACACUACAGUCACGCAUCUACAAGUAUCGACCAGACCGAGGCCAGCUGCCCAUCGCAGACGGGCAGCAGUUCAAGGUAGCAGGUGCGACAGUACGGGCAGUAUUUACACCCGGCCACGCGAUAGAUCACAUGUGCUUCCUUAUGGAAGAGGAGAACGCGCUUUUCACUGGGGACAAUGUGCUAGGCCAUGGUUUCGCUGUCGUGCAGGAUCUGACGGAGUACAUGGGAAGUCUCGCGCGCAUGGCAGCGCUAAACUGCGCAAGGGGUUACCCAGCCCACGGAGCGGCCAUCGACGAUCUACCCGCCAAGAUGCAACUGUAUAUCCAUCACAAUGAAGCGCGCGUGCAGCAGGUGACCGCCGUGCUAGCGGAGACUAUGAGGCAGCCCGGGAGACGGGGUGGCAUGACGGUCCCCGAAAUAGGACGGGCUAUAUAUGGUGAGGUGCCUGGGGAAAUUAUCGAGAAUGCAAUCGUCCCGUUCUUGUCGCAGGUCCUAUGGAAACUGGCGGAUGACCGCAAAGUCGGUUUUGAGCCAGGCGAGACGACCGAACGGCGAUGGUUUGGGUUGGUAGCACGAUAAUGGUGACUGAUCGGUGUAAUUAAUGACCAUCCAUACAUACACAUCAU